ACUACACAAUGUAGCAUGCACUACUACGGUCAGGAAAAUGACUGCACUCGUAUUUUAUACAGUUACUAAUAAUAUGCGCAUGUAUGCAGUUCUGGAAACUAAAAAUACAAUUACUGUGUGCAUUGUUGCGUGAUAUACCAAUAUAAUCUGUCAUUGAUCCGCAAGUACCUUGAUUUCUCGUUAUCUAGUGUCCAUACCACGGGUCCUACCGUCAACAAACGAAUCAAAGCUUAACAUAGUGCAUUUGAUAUAUCUAGCAAAUGCUGCUCCUGUAAUGUUUUGAACGUCAUGUGCUUCAUGUUGUAGGUUAAAUCUUCUUCAGGAAAACUGCUCUGGAAAUAUUGUGACAGAACAACAACAAAAUGGAAACUAUGAUGCAGAGAUGGAGUUGUAUCUUGGUAGUGGCUUUGAUGGUUCUUGUAUCAGAUUCUAGAGGCCAUAUCUGCAUAAUAACUCCACGGCAAAGAGGGGCAUUCGAUAUAUCUACGCCCGCAAGUAGCUCCUGCUUCCGACACCAGAGUCCUUGCGGGGGUCAGGCUGCCGAGUCACCCAAGAUGACGUACAUGGGUGGGAAGACCGCCCUCAUCAGGUUCCAACAGAACCUUAACCAUUACGAAGUCGGCUUACCAGGUUAUAUGGAUAUUUCGCUGGCUCCCAACGUGAACUCCACGGAUUUCGAAACACUCACUCUGCUCGGUGACACAAACGAACACUUACAAUGGAAUCAGCAAAACUACACGGUUCCAGUUGCCAUGCCGAACAUGUCAUGUGACCACUGUGUUCUACGCAUGCGCUAUGUCAGCCACAAGCCAGGAGAGGAGGUAUUUUACCAGUGUUCCGACAUCGCCAUCAAGGCUUCCAAGUCGACGUCGGUCUCCGAAGAGAAUCUUGACAAAGACGUUCGCGAAACUAUUCCAGUAAGUCUCAAGAGAGCCAUGAGCUUGUACCGAAAACCCAUCACCAAAAUGGCCACCGUGAACGAAGUCCAUGCCGCCGACGCCAGGCCGAAGGCGCCUUCGGGUUCGUUGUACGGUAUCAUGUGGGAUCCAUUGCAGACGACAGGGAGCAGAUUGGUGAAUAUCGAUUUCAAUACUGGAGCGAUCAAUUCGAGAUUGGGACUUUAUUUCGGCAUGGGGCCGAACGUGCAAUACGGGACAGUGUCACCAACUGCACAGUCCGAUAAAUUCGUCUUGGAUCAGAUCGCCUGUUACUCCCGGGAUAUCCCCUACCUGUUCCUCCUCGAGCAUCGUAACGGGGACCUAGACGCUCGUCCCAACAAAAUUCUCUGGAUCGACAUGCAGGCCAUGGACAUCGCUGGCGAGUACGAGAUCGAGGGGUUAGAACCUAACAUCCACAUCGCUACCUUGAAUACGUACCAAAGGACGAACUUCUUGACGUUUGAGCUCCAACCGACUGCAAACAGUACAGGAUACUUCACAUUGAUGUUCGGCACCCUGGACUACAUGGGGAACCACAUUCACCUCUUCACCGAGCCUGGGUCAGAGAAUCUCUACGUGAACUUCCUAUGGGCGACGGUCGACAUCAAGCGUCAAAUGUAUUACGUUUUAAUGGGCAAUGAGAACGCGCAUACUGCACUGACCGCAAGGAUACACAGCUUUAACAUUACAUCGAAGAAUGUCACCAACAUUACCGAAGUGGAUGUAUCUCAAUACACCAUCAAUUCGAUCCAGGCCUACGAAAAGACAGGUCAGUUAUUUGCAGUUUCGCCCGGACUCUUUCCUAAAGAGUAUCCACCUUGGUAUUUGGUUGUAGUCGAUCCGGUAACGGGUAGCGUCAAACCGGUGAUCCAGAUUGCAUCAUCGGGUAUGUUCGCUCCUUUUUAUGGAGGAGCUAUCGUGAACAUUGACCAAACCCACGGUCUCCUCUUUUACAAUUUCCGCGUGGCCGACUCCAUGGCCAACAUCAUAGCAACCGUUUCCCUGGAUACGCAAGAGGUCUUCUUCUCCCAGCUUACCUCUCUUCAACUCGUCCACAACAUAGCUCACUUCGACGCCUACGCGCCCUAGGACUGCAGACGAUUCGGCCCUCUACGAAUGAUCUGGCGACGCAGUACACAUACCACUUGUUACGAGGGGAGCAAAUUAAUUAGUGAUAAAAAGAGUACAAGUUAAUUUAAUUCUUUCUGUUUACAUUAGGCAUCUUUUAAAAUAGUAGUUUAAGCAAAUACAAAAAUAGUAAACACAAACAUAUCGGAACAAUUUUUUUUUAUACAUUGAAAGAUGUUUUUAUACCGAUACGAUAGAAGAUGUAACAAUGUCUGAAUUAUGAGGAAAGAAAAUACAUUCAUCACGCUGAUAUUCUUUUUAACAAUCAACCGCAUAUGUGCAUGUAUGUAGAUACUUUCUUUUGUUUCUGAUUUUCGCAGGUUUUCCUAAA